UGCCCGCCCAGUAUGGUGACGUCAUAACUGCGAGCCCAUUGUACGUCUUCUCAAAUCAGCUCAGAUAUUAUUUCACGAACCAGCGAUUCCGCAAAAAUCAGAAUCGUCUGCCCGUAGCGAAAGGGGGCAUGUCUGACUCGGGGUCCCAACCUGCGAGCUUCAAACAGGAACCCCUGGACCUGACGAUGGAGGCCUGCGUGCAGAAUCGGGGGGGCACCGAGGAGGGGACCCCGACCCCCGACCCCGACCCCAGAGACGAAGAGCAAGACACUUCCGAUGAGUCAGAGGAGCCGGCUGAACUACGCCAGCAAGCGACCGCCGGUGUUGGCGCUGGAGAAGGUGAAGAUGUAUCGGGAUUGGGAGGGGGGGGAGGAGGAGGAGGAGGGGGGGUGGGCGGUCUCCACGCCUGCCCGCUCUGUGGGAAGUGUUUCAGCACGCCGUGGGUCCUGAAGCUCCACCAGGAACGCCACGGCCCGCACCCCUACAGCUGCCCCGACUGCGGGCAGUGCCUCACCCGGCGCGGCGGUGGCAGCAGCAGCUACUCCCUGCACCGCGAGUCCUGCUCCUGCCCCCGCCCCCCUGCCUCCCCCUCCCCCUCCCCCUCCCCCUACCGCUGCGCAGACUGCGGACGCAGCUUCAAGGACUUCACCUACUUCACCAACCACCAGAAGAUCCACCGCGGGCUCAGCCCCUUCUGGUGCCAGGUGUGCGGCAAAAACUUCGCCAAGGCCUCCCACCUCACCUCCCACCAGCGCACCCACUGCUCCCUGCGGCUGUACUCCUGCAGGGGCUGCGGGGAGAGCUUCCAGACCCCCUCCCUGAUGGGGGAGCACCAGUGCAAGGCUGGGAAGGGGGCUGAGAAGGCGGGAGGAGGGGAUGGGGAGCUGUACAGGUGCCCAGACUGCAACUCCCUUUUCGGUUCCCUCCCCAGCCUGGUUUCCCACCAGCAGUCGGUCCACCAGCUCUCGGACGAGCUGCCCUACCACUGCGAGACCUGCGGGGAACGCUUCGCGGGCGCCAGGGAGCUGGGGCGCCACGGCAAGACGCACAAGGCCAAGCGCCACGCCUGCGGGCAGUGCGGCAAGAGCUUCAGCUACUUCGCCAACUACUACAUCCACCAGCAGCUCCACAACGGCCGGCCCGACCUGGAGAGCAAGGGGCGCUGGCGGCACCGCUGCCAGGACUGCGACAGGAUAUUCUGGGAUGCGCGGGAGCUCAGGGAGCACAGGAAGGUCCACGGGGAGGCUGGGGGGCAGGAGGAGGAGGAGGAGGAGGGGCUGGAGGGGGAGGGAGGAUCGGAGAGGAGGAGGAGGAGGAGGAGGCAGAGGAGGACGAAUGAUAAGAAGGGGGAGGGAGCUUCUAAAGCAGCCAGCUUGGACAGCGUCAACAGCAAGGGGAGAGAGGAGGAGGAGGAGGAGGAGGAGGAGGGGCAGGACCGAGGAGGAAGAGGAGGAGAAGCUGAUAAAGAUGAUGGUGAAAUGGAAGAGGAGGAGGAGGAGGAGGGUAAGGACCAAGGAGGAAGAGGAGGAGAAGCUGAUAAAGAUGCUGAAAUGGAAGAGGAGGAGGAGGUGAAGAAGAGAGAAGGGAGGAAGCCGCUGAACGAGGGGCAGCACAGGUGCAGCUUCUGCGGCCUGAGGUUCAAGAAGAAGUGCCACCUGGACGACCACCUGCUCUUCCACAGCGGCCAGAAGCCGUACGUGUGCAGCGAGUGCGGGAAGAUCUUCAGCCACUACCCGUACUUCAAGAGCCACCUGGCGGUGCACCGCGGGGCCCGGCCCUUCGAGUGCGCGCACUGCGGGAAGGUGUUCUGCGUGGUCUCCCAGCUGAACCGCCACGCUCGCAUCCACACGGGGGAGAAGCCCUACAGCUGCAAGGUGUGCGGCAAGCGCUUCGCUGACAGCACCAACUGCAAGAGGCACCAGCGCUCGCACCUCAAGGACAGGCGGCAGGACCAGCCGCAGCUCCGCCGGGCCGGCAGGGAGAAGGGAGAGGGGGCCCCCGCCGCGACCCGGCCGCCGGCUAAGAGGGGCCGCCCGUCACGCUCCAAGAAGACAGCGCCAGAGCCCCACCUCCCUCAGUGAGACCCCCCCCUCCAGUCACAGCCCCCUGGAGGAGGAGGAGGAGGAGGGGGAGGGGGGGGGCUGCAGGUGCGAGAGUCAAGGGGUGUGCUGACACAGAGGGGGGGGGGGGGUGAUGUGUAAAUAUAUAGAAUCAUUUUUUUUUGCUCGAAUAACCCAACUUCCCAAUGUUUAGGUGUGUUUGAAAACAAACAACGGAAAUACUUGUUCGUGUAUUUAUUUCAUUGUUUUAUUUUUUUGUUAAAAAAAAAAAAAGGGAA